AUGGUUGCUCCAAUCCCGUUCAAAAAAUUUCGAUUUCACAGAUACGAUCGUUACACCGCUGGGAGUCGAUGGCUAUACGAGACUCGAUACCACUUUAACUUCUGGAGUUACAACCUGAAAACCUGUGCCGGUCUUUUAGGAGUCUGUAUUUAUAUCACUAUGAUUCUAACAAUGAACUUUUUGUACGAGAAUGGCACCAGAAUGGAUUUUCCUGUGGACGUUGAGUUGGAUCCAUUCUUCCUGAAAGAACAACUGUACAUGCAAUUGCAGGCAACUUAUUUUAACCAAACAAACAUUGUUGUUAACAAAACAAUCGGCGUAAACCCUUUCUACCAAACUAUGCCCGAGGCCUCCCAGUUGAGUUCUAUCGACAGAAUCGCAAUGCUAACUGAGCCUGUGGUGAGGGAUGAAAACAUUCACGUUCCGAAACUUCCUCUGAAGUUAAACUAUUUUGACUAUAAGACUGCUUCGUUGCAGCAGUCAAUCAUCAGUACAUUCAAAGGAAGAAUGGGACAUUUAAACAAGUUUCUGGAAUACAAGAUAACCACUCAGUAUUCUCUGAGAGUUCCAGAAUUGACACAUCAACCUACAGAGGUAAAGAUCUCUGAUAAGGGUAUCUUGUACGAGUUAGUGUGGAAUGGAGGCGAUGAAAAAAAGGUGGAGGAUAGGGGCAGUGCUGCAGAGUAUUUUCAAUCCCUGGGUGUCCCUCCAGAACAUUUCUUGAUUUUCAAAGGGAGUAAGACAGCACCGGCACACUUCAAUUUCAGUAAACCACAAUGGACCCUGCAUGAUUUGGGUUCACACAUGAUCCGGGAGUACUCAUACUUAAACCAUGAAAAAACGGCUGCAAUGCAAACAUUGGCUGAUCUCAUCAUCUUUUUCAGUAAGCAACGAUUCAACUUGACGGUUACAAAUUAUGACUUGGUGGUAAAGAGUUUGGAAGAUAGCAUAGAAAAGCAUCGCUCAAAAAUUAUACUCGGAAGGGAUCUUUAUUUUUUCAGUGUCAUCGGAUGUGUUGGAAUCUGUGCUUCAAUAAUUCUGAUCACAAUUCUUCUUGAUUUCCUGAACAGAUCAGCCAGUAAAAGCUACCUGAAAACUCUAUGUUGGGGGAUCAGAGUAGUCCAAAUAUUACUGAGUAUACUGUGCUUGUACGGAGUUUCAGCUGGAAUUGUUUAUACAGCUCUCUUUACUCAAGCAAUUGAAAGCGUUGACAAUGAUUCAUUUUCAGAAUUGAGCAGAUUAUUGAAUUCGUUGGAGCUUACGGCCAAGUUCAAAGUGUUGAAAGGAUUCACGAAUUGGUUCGAUUUCUUAUUCUUCCGGCUGCUUAGCACCGUAUUUUCCUUUGUCAUUCCAACCUUGGCUUUCAUUUACUUUCUGCAAUGCGAAUUCCACGAUUUGCAAGUUCGGUUGAAUUACAAAAUGAUCGACAAAUACAGCUAUUACGUCCACAAGGAGGCGGCCAGAAGCCUUCUUAGACACGAUUUAAGAGCCAUGGACAAAGAAGAUGAUGAUUAUGAUAAUCGCCAAAUAUACUUAUACCAAGACAAACAGAAACGGUUUCUUCCAGUGUGGAUAUACUUGAAAAAUCCUAAACAGUACCAAAGGAUCAUCAAUGAAUUUUCUAAAGACCGUGAAAAACAUCCAAUUUACACCGAAAUGCAAUUGGAAAAAAAUAUCCUCAAUUAUAGAGUGUUAGCCGCAGACUACAAACUAAAACCUGGAGAAGAUAUCAGGAGUCUGCCAUGCUAA